AUGUUCGAGAUCCAAUUCGACGCCGCAGGGAUCUACCUCGUCGGCACCCAAACAGAACAAUUCCACGUCUCCUUCGAAGAAAUGAUAUCUUUCACCGGUGGCAUAAUCGGUCUCCUCGAAUACGGAGUAACAUGGAAAGUAAUAGUAGCUGUCCUGGGCAGAGUUCGCCACCGACUUUGGCACCGUCGGGGCAUGCCUUUGGGAGCACGUUCUUCUGUCUGCGUUGAUAAUUCCGGGCCAGUGCUCUAUGAAAUUCGGCAUGGAAUGGAAUCUAUUCGGAUUAGUCCGCAGGAGCUGGAGAGCUCACGGUUCGGCAAGGCAAUUAAGGUGUUUUGGGAUGGGGGGAUGGUUGAGCCUGGUGUUGGAUGGACUGUGCGGAUGGUUAUUGAGGCCUUCUUUGUUGGUCUUUGGAGGAAUGUGCUCAGGACCUUGAAGAUUAAGAGGCUUGCAUUCUGA